AUGCCCUCCACAUACAAGAAGGAAAAGCCGUGGGAUACGGACGAUAUCGACAAGUGGAAGAUCGACGCCUUCACCCCCGCCGACAACGCCGGCGGCACCUUUGCCGAAGAGUCGUCCUUUGCGAUCGUCUUCCCCAAGUACCGCGAAGUCUACCUCAAGGAGGCAUGGCCUCUCGUCACAAAGGCCCUCGAGAAGACGGGCAUUGCCUGCUCGCUCGACUUGAUUGAGGGCUCCAUGACCGUCAAGACAACGAGAAAAACGUUUGACCCCGCCGCCAUUCUCAACGCCCGUGACCUCAUCAAGCUCCUCGCUCGAAGCGUCCCCGCGCCCCAGGCGCUCAAGAUCCUCGAAGACGGCGUCGCUUGCGACAUCAUCAAGAUCCGCAACCUGGUGCGCAACAAGGAGCGCUACGUCAAGCGCCGGCAGCGUAUUCUUGGCCCCAACGGCUCUACCCUCAAGGCCCUCGAGCUGCUCACCCAGACCUACAUCCUCGUCCAGGGCAGCACAGUCUCCGUCAUGGGGCCAUUCAAGGGCCUGAAGGAGGUGCGCCGCGUCGUCGAGGACUGCAUGGCCAACAUCCACCCCAUCUACCACAUCAAGGAGCUCAUGAUCAAGCGCGAGCUCGCAAAGGACCCGGAACUCGCCAACGAGAGCUGGGACCGUUUCCUGCCCAACUUCAAGAAGAAGACGCUCAGCCAGAGACGCGUGCCCCUCAAGGUCACCGACAAGAGCAAGAAGGUCUACACCCCCUUCCCGCCCGCUCCCGAGAAGAGCAAGGUCGACAAGCAGAUCGAGACGGGCGAGUACUUUUUGGGCAAGGAGGCCAAGGCCAAGGCCGCCCAGGCCGAGCGCAUGGAGCAGCAGAAGCAGAAGAAGGAGGAGAGGCUGCGCGAGAGGGAAAAGGAGUUUGUACCGCCCGAAGAGCUGGGCCACAAGAGAAAAAAGAGAAAGAAGAGCGACGGCGACGACGAGUAA